AUGUGUUACACACUUAUACAGGAAAAACUUGAAAAAGCUCUAGCAGAGCAUGGUGCUGAUUGUGGAUCAUCCGUGACAGAUGAUCUUCUUGCAAAGGCCUUUGGCGAGGACAAGAAAACUAAAGGAAGACUUAAAGGAAUGGGUUUUGGAGCGACAUGCAUAACUGCAAUAAUGAAGACUACCAAGGAAGCAGUAAAGAAGAAGUCGGUCAAGAAGUUUGUGAUAAAGAAAAACAAAGAGAAAACUCAACAGUCCCCAACUGAUGAAGCAUCUCCAUCUGAAAGCGCUUCACUCAGUUCAAAGUUCCAAUCCCCGACAAAUAACAAGUCCCCAACUAAUACUGCUGAACCAUCUCUAAAUAUAAUGCAAGUAAGGCGAUCACCAAGUAAAAAACAGUUUACAGAACCAAGUGAUGCAAUUUCUCCAACUAAAUGUGCAACAGCAACUCCAAAGCGUCGUCGACAGCCUCGAAGUGUUAAACUGUCGUCACCAACUGAUCCAGAACCAUAUCCUUCACCUGAAAGUAGGCGAUCAUCGCCAAGGAACAAGAAGUUAGCAGAAGAUAAUGUUGAACCAUCUCCAAAUACAAGGCAACGUCGUCAACAACCUGACUUAGAUACUCUGUCGUCACCAGCUAGAAAGAGACAAGCGACUAAGAAGAAGAAUGUGUUAAACCAAUCUGAAAGUGCUCCACCUUCACAGUCAGCAACUACUAAGUCUCAUUCUAAAAGCUCUAAAGGAGAUGCUGGAAAUUCUGUAGUGAGGCAAAAGAAAGUAAAUCGGAAACUGGACACAAGCAACACAGGCCCAUGUCUGAAUGUUCAUCUUAGGGAUCCAAACAACUCACUUGCAGAUUUGCAAGAUGAAGAGGAAGAGGAAGAAUAG